CCCGCACCUGCGCAAUUCGCAGCGACUUGAAGCCGAGGAUGUUGAUGUUUGUUUCUCCCGGCUGCAGGUUCUCAGAGUCGGGCACUCCCAGCACUGUCUUUCCCUCCGCAGACUAACACCACACGACAAACCAUGGCCGAGCAGCCCCCUGGAUCUGCUCCGCCGCCCAAGCUCGACGCUGGGCGGCUGCACCGGGAGGAGAUCGAGCUGGAGCAGGAGAGAGCAGAGUUUCAGCGCAGGAAGCAGCAGCUGGAACAGGAGUUCAAUCAGAAAAGGGCCAAGUUUAAGGAACUGUACCUAUCCAAAGAAGAGGAGCUGAAGAGACAGGGGGCGGCUCUGGAGAGCUCUCGGGAGGAGCUGAGCAGGCUGCAAGAACAGCUGGCUGAGGCUCAGGCUGAAAUGGAGAAUAUCAAGGCAGUGGCCACUGUGUCCGAGAGCACCAAGCAGGAGGCCAUCGACCAGGUCAGGAGGCAGGGGCAGGAGGAAAUGGCGUCUUUGCAGGCCAUCAUGAAAGAGACGGUUCGGGAAUACGAGUUGCAGUUCCACCACAGGCUGGAGCAGGAGCGGGCACAGUGGGGUCAAUACCGCGAGGCAGUGGAGCGCGAGAUGGCUGAGCUACGCCGCCGUCUCGCUCAGGGCCAGGAGGAGGAGAACCUGGAAAAUGACAUGAAAAAGGCUCAGCUCACCGCUACCACCCCCACGCUGACAAUCACCACGCAGCCACCUCAGAGCUACAGUGUCAAAGGUCAACGCACUCUGGGCAGCUUACAGUCAAGCCCGCAGGCGCUCGGCCAGUCUACCGGGGUUGCCGGUGCUCUCGGCCAUGACUUCUACCGGACCUGGCUGUAUUCGAGGUGUGACAGUGGCUCUGAUUUCAGUCCUCAGUCUCAGUGGUGCUGUGUGUUGUUCCUGCAGCUGCAGUCCAGUCUGGCAGAGAAGACUCAGCAGCUAGAGAGUCUCCAGGGUGUGAACAGCAGCCUGGAGGAGCAGCUGAGAAAGGAGACGAGCACCAAGACGAGCCUAGAAGGCCAGGUCUACGAAGAGAAGGAUAAAGCUCAGAGGCUUCAGAUGGAGCUGGACGUCAGCGAGCAGGUCCAGAGAGACUUUGUGAAGCUCUCCCAGACUCUCCAGGUCCAACUGGAGCGGAUUCGACAGGCAGACUCCCUGGAGCGCAUUGGAGCCAUUCUCAACAACACCAACCUGACAGACAUCAGCCAGCUCCCAGAGACAUGAUAACUCUGUGCGUGGGUGCGUGUGUGUGUGUGUGUGCGCGUGUGCGUGUGUGUGUGUGGGCAGAUUGUCUCUACUCUCUCCUUUCCGGUAAACAAACAAUAUUAAACCUUAUUUAACAAGCUGCUGAGGAAGCAUGGAGAUAACUGAGCUGUACAUUUUUAUGGAGCGAAGGGACCUUGUACAUGAUUUGAAGCACAGUAUAGUAAAGAGCUGUGUGAAAGAACACUAAUGAAGUGGUGUAUAAAACAAGCCAGGCAUGUAAAUAGGUCAUGUGUUUCUUGGCUCUUCUAAUAUUUAUACCUUCCAGCGUGGACCUGUCUGCCAUUUGGUCUGUCGUUCUCCCCCCCCAUACUGCCGACAGUGUUUAAAAGUGAUAGUGGGUUUGUUUUUAUUUGUCUGCACAUCCAGCAGGGGAGCUACGGGACUUAGAGCUAUACUAGUUCAUGUUGCUGAAUCUAUGGACAGUUUUUUUCAGAUCACAAAUAGAAUAUUGUCACCGGAAGGACUUGAUCAAGCCAACAUGUGGUUCAAAACCAAGCCCCCUUUUCUUAACGCUCUUUGAGGGUGAUCACUAGAGGCAGUCCAAGUCUGCAGGAAAAUAUGCAAAAAUCUGCGUAGAUUUGAAGUUGGUAUCUGAGGAGCAUCUUAUGUGUUUUAGUAUUUGUGUUAAUAAUGGCUUAUAAAAAUGUAAAUCAAGUAACCAUAAUCAUAUCAAACAAUGUGUGGGUUAAAUACUUUUUAGAAACUGUCAAACAAAAGCAUCCAUCACAGGAGACUUCUUAUUCGGCCACAUUUUCACUCUUAACUACAGUCUGCUUUCUAAAGGAGACCAAACAUCUCUUAAUUUAACAAAAGUGGAACUGAACUAAGUUAUAUUAUGCCAGGUAAUUUUAGCAGUCUCUUUAUGAUAAUUAUGGUGACGAUGUAGCUGCACAAUAUGGUGAAUCUGUGGAAGACUUCGAAUUCCGCGAUUUGUGAGGAAUUCCGUUAUCUGUAGAUUUGACUGUCUCAAGUGAUUACCUUUCUCACAGCUCUGCUCCGAGAAAUGCACUUUGGACAUUUGCAUAAGGCUGAUGGCAUAUUGGGUUGAAACUUAUUUGAGAGAGAGAGAGGCAGAGGGUUCAUUCUAUUCAUUAUGUUUAAUGUGACUACAUUUUUUUUAGCUAAUGCCUCGUGGCAAAUGCAUAGUAUCAUUUAAAAAUAAAUUGUAACUUCAUCGUUUGUACUGCAACUGUUAGGAAUAUAAUGAUCCUGACAGUUCAGCCAUAUUUGGAUGAUAAAGAUGGUAACAAAUUAUUUUAAAGAGGGUAUAGAAAGUCCAGACCGACAUUUUGUACACGGUCAGACAUGGCAUACAAGAAACCGAUCUUACUUAAAACACUCUUCUCUUACUGCUGAGUCCUGUAACUGCAAAUAGACCCUCAUCUGUGAUGGCUGGCAGUACAACAGAGAACUCAAAGCAGGUUCGUGUAAAAUAUCUGAGGUCUCUAAAUGGACAGGGUGGUUGCUCUAAUAAUACUGUGUGUGUGUGUAUUUGAUUUCCCCUGUAUUGUCAGAAGGGGUCCCUUUCAUUAGUGUCUCUCAGUGCGGUGUUGCAGGAAUUGCCUGUUCCAAACCGCCAGCUUUCCAGAGCAUAUUCAUAUCAGUUGAAACUUCUGAUUAAGAAGACUGACUAACGUGUGUGUGUCCCCUCCACUUCCAAAGCAAACAGGAACAUGCUUUCACUACAGCUGUCAGGACAGUUGCCGGUUUCAAACGGUACCAAGCUACCCUGAAAGAGAAGCAACGACGUCCUUCUGUGCUGUGUUUUCACUAUCCAAACCCUGAGGAGCUCUCAGUCACGAUAGUACCAGUUAUUAACGGAUUCUCAAUGCAGCUGAACUAGCUCACAUUAAAAUAGUGCUGGAACACCUAGUCAGCAUUCAAACAAACAACUCUACUGGUACAAAUGAGCAUGUUUGGAUUUGUUCGUAUAAGAGAAUUUAUAAAUGCCUGUAUCAACGAGAUCCAAAGAACAAUGCAUAAAUGAGGUCUGAAAUAAAUAACACACUCUUCACAGCAUAGAGAAGUGUUUCUCUUCUUUCUGUAAUAGGUCGUUUGAAGGGGUACUGGGUUUAUUAUACUUGCAAGAGAUUGUUGUACUGUAAUAUGGUAUAAAUUGUACUUAUAAUUCAAA